GCCUCGGAACUCCCCUCGGCAAGGCACCUUACAAGAUAAGAUGUGGCAAUGCCGCUGGGAUGCUCGUUAAUUUUGAUGGUUAUAUAAAAGAAGUUGUCAAUGUCGGAAUUUUGGAUUUCUUUUCCUCAGCCUGACCCUUCCUAGUUUCUCAAAUGAGGAAAGUUGCUUGGACGUUGAUAUAUUUUGCAUCCGCGGUGGUGUCGUUCUCGACCUGCAUGGAUCCUCGUACAAUCCCAGACGCACCUGUCAUUGAUUUAGGAUAUGCUCAAUAUCGAGGCGUUUUCGAUUUAGUCAAUAAUAUCACCAGUUAUUUAGGCAUACGAUAUGCGGCCCCACCUAUAGAUAAUCUGCGUUGGCGGGCCCCUCAACCUCCAGCUGAUAAUAGCAGCACUGUACAGUUGGCCAACACUCAACCUUUACCCUGUUUCCAAGCCGGUGUUGGACUAGCUCCUAAUUCUCUCGAGGUCCUCGAAAGGAGAGCCACUAUUGGAGAUCCCAUCGAAGAUUGUUUGUUCUUGAAUGUCUACUUUCCUGGAGAUACUAUUCCAGCUAAUCCUCUUCCAACUUUGGUCUGGAUUCAUGGUGGAGGCUACGUCAUGGGUGGCGCAGAUGAAUAUCCAGGCUCCGACCUCAUGCGUGAAGCCAACAACGGGAUAGUUUUGGUUAUCAUACAAUACAGACUAGGAAUAUUCGGCUUCCUAGCAGGGUCCAAAGUCAAGGAGAAUGGGGAUCUCAACGCUGGUUUACUUGAUCAGAAUUUUGCAUUACGAUGGGUACAGACUCAUAUCUCACAAUUCGGUGGGGAUCCUUCAAAAGUUACCAUUUGGGGAGAAUCUGCAGGCGCUGGGUCUGUAGUACAGCACAUUGUGGCUCAGGAUGGUCAAACAUCCCCGCAGUUAUUCCGGGGAGCCAUUACAAGUUCGACAUUCCUACCUUCCCAAUAUGCAUAUAAUGAUACCAUUCCGGAGUUACUUUAUUCUAAAGUUGUUUCCCAGACUGAGUGUUCCUCUGCAGAUGAUUCUUUAACGUGCCUGAGGGCAGUAGAUGCCGCCACCCUUGAAACUUUAAACAACAAUAUCAUUGCAGGCGGGUUUUAUGGCACUUUCCUUUUCGUACCAGUCGUAGAUGGGACGUUCAUCAUGCAGCGUCCCACAGAAGCCUUAGCACAGGGAAAAGUCAAUGGGAAAGCACUUCUUUCUAUUACCAAUGCAAACGAAGGCACCAUUUUUGUGAAUCAGAUAGACCCAAUCACGAACGUCUCAUUGUACAGUAGCAUGCUCUUCCCUAAUUUUGAGUCACAGCAAGCCGAUGACACUGCUGAACUAUAUGCAAAUUUGGGCUCACCUCUUGAACAGGACGAUCUCAUCAUGGGCGAAUCUAUCUUCAUUUGCCCUACGUAUUAUUUGUUGAAUGCGUUCCCGAACAGUGGAUGGAAGGGAGAGUUUGUGAUCCCACCUGCAACACAUGGAGCCGACGUGGUGUACUAUUAUACAAGUAUCGGAGUUCCAGAUUUCCCCAACCCAGACUUCCUCGCGGCUUUCCAGGGAGCCUUUAUGUCAUUUGUGGUCUCGCAGGACCCAAAUGACAAAAUCUAUACAACGAUUACUCCUUCUUGGAACCUCUACUCCAAAGGCAAUACAGAGAUGAUCUUCAACCGAACUGUUGAUUACCAGCCUGAUAUUCAUGUCAACAGCACAGACAAUGGUCUACUUGAACGUUGCAAUUUCUGGAAUAGUGUUGGGGCAUUGACUGGUCAAUAAAUAGCAUGGUGAAGACUGUCUCGUAGCCUCUGACAGCCUCUUUCGGCAAACUUGAAAUGAAGAACCUCUGUCACAAUUGCUUUGACCGGAGAAUCGUUGUUCUUGGGGAUCUGGACCUUCAAAUCCCGGCAACAAACUCGAGCCAGCAGUUUCAGUGAAAAAGUGAUUUUGCACAUCACGUCUCAGCAAUGGUGACUGAUUUGAGCAACUUGCCAACCCGUCCGAAAGCCGCACUGCCGGAUAUGAGCAUACUCAUGUAAACGUACCGCUUACUUACAUGCAUACAGUCACACUUGUGACAUCACACUAUAUAGGCCUUCUCUCCACUUAGAUACGACUAGAGCUCUUACCACCAUCUCAUCUUUGGCUUAGACUACUCUCGAGUGUAUCUCUCUUUCUCUUUCCUCUCUUCACCAAUCAUAUUUGGUUCAUAGUAUUUGAUCCUCGUGUGA